UUUAAAAAAUAAAUAUGGACGCUGAAAGUUUAUAUUUUAAAAAAGCUAUUGAAUCAAUGGAUAAAGAUAUUGAUUUAUAUAAUGUUCAAAUUAAAGAAAAUCAAAGAAAACGUUUGAAAAUCGAACAAUCGAUUUGUGAAAUUGAAAUGUUGAUUGAGAAAGCAACGAGAAUUAUUGAAAGUAACAAUAAAAAAAAUGAAGACUAUUGGAUAAGAACUCGUGAUAUUGAUGAGGAUUAUAAAAUUAUGAGCAAAUUUAUUUCUGAUACUAAAGUUAAUGAAUCUGUUGAUAAUUUACUUGGGAAAGUUGGAAAUUUAAUGGAAGAUAAAAUUAAUUAUGAAAGUGAAUUUAAUAAAAUAAAAUAUUCAGUCACUGACUUACAAAAGAAAAAAGAAGCUCUCUGGCAACUCAAGAAUAAAUUCAAUAAAUUAGAAGUAUGCAGUGAAGAAAUAUUAUCUAAGCUCGAAGAAUUUAAAUCUGCGUAA